UCGAAAGAGAGUUUAAAUUCCAUUUUAAGGUGAAGGGUGGCAAGUUUUAUCGAUUUUCCGAUAAAUCGCUUCGCAAGCAGGAACUGGUGCAGCUGGAUCCGUACAGAUCUCUGAAAGAUUUACCGGUACUCGAAUUGUCAUCGGCUAGGCUUUUCGUGUGAGUUGUGGAGGAGAUCGGUAUCGGGGCUCAGGGGAAUGCUUUCGAUGGUGCGGAUCCGAUCUGAAGGUUAGACCGCGGUGAUUCGGAACGGUGCUCGUUUUCUCUUAAUUUUUGGAUUGAGGUCUACUUGGGAACUUGCUGGGAAGAUAUGUUCUAUUCUCAGUUUAUAUUGGCAAAGAAAGGUCCUUUGGGGACCAUCUGGAUUGCUGCCCAUUUGGAAAGGAAGUUGAGGAAGAAUCAGGUGGCGGAUACUGAUAUUGGUGUCUCUGUAGAUUCUAUUCUUUUUCCUGAUGCACCAAUUGCACUGCGGCUGUCUAGUCACCUUCUACUUGGUGUGGUGCGGAUAUACUCAAAAAAGGUGAACUAUCUUUUCAAUGACUGUAGUGAAGCUUUGAUCAAGAUAAAACAUGCAUUUCGCUCAACAGCAGUUGAUCUUCCACCCGAAGAAUCAACUGCACCAUAUAAUUCAAUUACCUUGCCAGAAAAUUUUGACCUCGACAAUUUUGAGCUUCCUGACAGUGCCUGCCUUGACAGUAAUUUUGUGGACCAUCAUGUUAGCACCAGAGAGCAGAUAACUCUUCAAGAUACAGUAAAUGACACUGCAUACCCAACAACAAAGUUUGGGUUAGAUGAGAGGUUUGGUGAUGAGGAUGCGCCUCAAAUAGGGUUGGAGCUUGAUGAGGAACUAUUUGUAGACAAAAAAAUCUCACCGCAACAUAAUGAGGCUUCAAUGAGUUUGAAAACUAGUGGUUUACAUGUAGAAACUUCUGUUCCUUCAACAAGCAUGGGAAUGGAUGUACAAUUUGGAUAUGAUGAGGAAAAAGGUAGUGAAAUCCCAAAUGAAUUGUCAGAGCUUCUUUCUAAUAAUUUUGACAAGAACUGUUUUUCAAAUGUGGAGGAAUUGAGAAGGGAUCCAAAUUCUUCUCAUCGACACAGUUAUACCACACAAACUCCAGACCUUAAUGAAGUAUUUCGACUUGAGUGUCAUACAGAUUUAUCAACACAAAUUCCUUGCACCCAAAAUGCAGUUAUAACCCCACGUUUGGUUGAACAUGCGCAAGAACAAUCAACUCCUGGCUUGUUAGAAGUUGCUCCGUCCAAUUUUCAAGAAGUUCUGGCUUCGAGUCCCCAGAAAAAAGCUGAGACACAUGUUGAAUCAUACAAGCCUGGGAGUUGUAGUAGUCCUUGCAUGGAGCGUGAAUCCGCUGAAUCAGGAAAGAAAACUGUUUUUUUAAGUGCAGAAUUAGGCUGUAAGGCAGGUGAUACUGCUCAAGGAUUGCCAAUGCCCGAAUCUCUAGCACCUACUUAUUCAAAUUGGAAUCUAAGAACUGAUGAGGCUUGUUUAGUUUUAGGGCCUGAAUAUCAGCAUAGUAUGUUAACUAGCAAUGAAGUCAGUAAUAUAUCAACAGCUAAUCGCAGGCUUGAGAAUGAGAAGGCUAUAAAUACUUCAGGUUUUUCUCAAGAUGCAUUUAUUUUGUCAUCCGCCCCUAAUUUGGUUUCACAUUUUGAAGAUGAUUCUGUUAUUUCCAUUGUUUGUACAGAUAAUAUGAAUGUAUUAGGAGGUAUUUCAGAUGUGAAAAGGACACAAAAACAGGAUAGUAAUGAGCCAUCAAAAGUUGCCAACGUUGGUCGUGUAGAAGAUGUUGAUUCUUGUGUUACUACGUCUGUAGUUGGAUCUGAUUUUCUUUCAAGUUCUUGUGGUUCAAAUCUGCAUACAGGCGUCUUUCAUAGUGAUCCUUCAUUAUUUCUUCAUGAAGUAAUUAAUCCAACACCCUCUCCUAAGCUUGCAGCACGUUUUGAAACAGAGCAUGUUACUUCUAAUAUUUGCACAGAUAACUUGGAUGUAGCGGGAGGUAUUUCGCAUGUAAAAAAGUCACAAAAAAAGGAUUGUAAUAAACCGGCACAAAUUGUCAACCACGGUCAUGUGGAAGAUGGUGAUUCUUGCAUCAAUUCAUCCAUGAUUGGAUCUGAUUUUCUUUCAAGAUCUUAUGGUUCAAAUCUGCGUCCAAUAUUCUUUCAUGGUGACCCUGUGAGUUCUUCUCGUGAAGCAGUUAAUCUGGCACCCCCUUUUAAGCUGGAAGCACAUCAUGAAGCAGGGACUGUUACUUCCAACAUUUGUAAUGAUAACAUGGAUGCAUUAGGAGGUAUGCCACAAAUAAGGAAUAGUAAUGAGCCAUCACAAAUUGCCAACCUAAAUCGUGUGGAAGAUGGUGAUUCUUGCAUCAGUACUUCUGUGGGCACUUCUUUGGUUGGAUCUGAUUUCAUUUCAAGAUCUCAUGGUUCAAAUCUGCAUUCAAUUUUCUUGCAUGGCAGUCCAUCAGGUUUUUCUCUAGAAGCAACCAAAAUGAAACCCUCUGUUAAGCUGGGUGGUUCUUCAGGUUUUUCUUAUGAAGCAAUUAAUUCGACACCCCCUCCUAACCUGCCAGGACGUUUUGAAGCACAUCCUUUUCCUUCCAGUAUAUGCACAGAUAACAUGGAUGUGGCAGGAAGUAUUUCGAAUGUGAAAAGGACGCAGAAAAGAGAUAGUAAUGAGCCAUCACAAAUUGCCAACAUAGGUUCUGUAGAAGAUGGUGAUUCUUGCGUCAGUACAUCUGUGGUUGGAUCUGAUUUUGCUUCAAAACCUUGUGGUUCAAAUCUGCAUCAAUCUAGUUCUCUGUCAGUGGCUGGGGCUUUGGGAGAAGCAGCUGAGUUGUCUCUCAGGGAUCGUUCUUUCAGUUUGAAAACUUCAUUGAGGGAGGACGAUCUACACAAUUUCAGAUCCUCAUUUGAGGUGCAAGGUGAAGAUUUGCGUGAUACCAAUAACAGAGUUACUAGUAUGAAGUCCCAGAAUAUGUCAAGAUGCACAUCCUCUGAUUUCAACUAUAUCAGCAGUAAGGUGGAUGAAUCAUCAAUGGGUGUUUUUUCGAAAGUAACACAUGUGAAUUAUUCAAACGUUUCUCCCAGUUCUGAAUUUCUAGGACCUGAGAAGAUGUUAGCUUCCAGUUUUGUUGUCGAUAUUCCAGUUUUUCAAGGUCUGCAAGUCACAGAGAAGGGAGUAGCAGAAUCUGAUGGAAGUUUUGAUAGAAAUAACAGUCAAUACAGCAGAAAGCGACGUGAAAUGGAUAGCACUGCAACACUGCAAUCUGGAAGUUCUGCCAAAUUAUCUGGAAUACCGAGAAGCAGAAGAAAUGCAGACUAUAUUUCUGCUAAUGAUGAUGUAUUGGCAUCUAUUUUGGUUGGAAAGACGGCUCCAUCUUUGGAAACUGGCUCCAUCCCUUCACUUUCUAAAGUUCCAUCUCUAAAACGGCCCCGCACGAUGUCCAGGGUAGGCAUGCAUAAGAGAAGGAAGGUGCUGAUAGAUGAUUCUAUGGUCUUACAUGCUGAUGCUAUUCGUCAACAACUAAUUAACACAGAAGACAUCCGCCGUAUGCGAAGAAAAGCUCCUUGCUCUCGACCUGAAAUUUGGAAAAUUUACAUGGGUGCAAUGGAGGAUGAUAUUUUUGAACAUUCUGUAUUAACUGGUAUAGCAGUGGAGCUAAAUAGUCUGUAUGAUCUGAAAUAUGGCAUGCAAAAGGACUUAAGUUCUCUGGCGAAGGAGUAUACUUCUCGUGUUAAAACAUCAGGAGAGAUGGGGCCUUAUAGGAUCUCAGAGUUUCUUAAUGAAAUGAGUAAGAAUGAAAUUGAUGAACGAAUCUCAUCUCUUCCUGGAGUAGUUGAUAAGAGUGAUGUUCCGUCAAGCAUGACUGCAUUUGAGACCUUGCAAACCCUUGAAGGCGGUGCACAGUGUAAUCAACAUGAUCAAUUAGAAGAGCCACCUGUUCAGCCUGAAGUGGGGCCUUUCAGCAAUGAGCAGGAAUCUAUGAUUUGUAAAGUGCAGCCUGAUGAUGAUAUAGGUGGUAAGUCAAUCAUCCAAGACCAUAUUUCAGAAAUCAACAGUAGUAUUUCAUCUUUCAAGAAACCUGCGGAUCAGAGCAUCAACCUAGCAGAGAGUUCACUGCAUGAUGGUGGCCAUAAUUCUAUAAAUACUCCUUAUGAUGCCUCGGCUCGUGGUGAUUGCGCUACCUUGCUUGGAGUAGAUGGUAACACUACUGUAACUGUGAUUUUGGAAUGUCCUAUCAAGACUAAAAACUUAUGUGAUUCGACUGGUGCAAUUGUUAACGAGGAAGCGAAAACUGGGAAUGUUCUGGAUGCGACACACGCAAAAUUCAGUCAUACAUUCACUAACAUUGGUGAUACUGGUGCAGUUGUCAGCGUGCAAGGUCAAGUGCUACCAGACAGUGACAUAGAGUCGCAAGUAGAGAAAACUGAAUGGCCUGAUGUUGAAGUAGGCACUCAUUAUGCUACAGAAGGCUUGGGGGAUGGGGAGAGGCUUGUAACUGAUGCCAUGGGUGUAGAAGUGCAGAAUGUUGCUUGUGUUCCGAACAGUGUAGAACAUGCUCCUUCAACUAUGGAUACAAAUGGUUCCGUACAGGACUUCAAUGUUAAGGGUGGUUUGGAUGCGGACAAUUUGCCUGUUGAUAUGGAUGUUGAUGCUGCACGAGAUUCAAGUGAUUUCUGCAGUGCAAUUGACGACGACUACACAGGGUUUUUAAAUGAAGACGAUGAUGAUGCAGACUAUGACGAAGCAGAAAAUGAUGAUGCAUAUCCUGAGGACGCUCAAUCACUGGAGAAUAGUGGUUGGUCUGCUCGCACAAGGGGCGUGGCAAGGUAUCUUAAAAAUUUAUUUGAUGAAGAAUCCGGGCAAGGGAGGAAAUCCAUUGUGAUAAAUCGUCUAUUAUCUGGUAAAACUCGUAAAGAAGCAUCAAGAAUGUUCUUUGAAACCUUGGUCCUGAAAACACGAGAUUACGUUCAAGUGGAGCAGGAAAAUCCUUUCGAUUAUAUUCAUAUCACGCCUAGAAUAAAGAUUCUGAAGUCAGAAUUCUGAACCUUCUGCACAGAGCAUCACACAAACAAUCUACUGUAUAACUUAUAUUGUACCGUACCCCUCCAAAUGCUAUUUUUAGCACCUUUUAAUCUUUUCAGGAUGAUGCCUGGAGGUGAGCUUGCGUACGUUGUAUUUGAUAAACAUUUUUAUGUUGUGCAUAUUGUUGUAAAAAAUAUUUGUAUAUUAUUAAGCAAAUGAUGCUUGCAUUUUCCAAUGCAAGCUUUUUUAUUUAUCUA